GUUUAAUUAUUGUCAUACCUUUAAGGGAUAUGGGUAUGCAAGCAAAUACCUUGGUCCAUCGUCUGAUUCGAAUGUUGAUAUGGAGCGAGAUUGGAAACUGAUUACAGUAUAUGUUGGGUUAAAUGACCUUUGUGCCUCGUGUUAUGACGUAGAGAAAUACUCAUCUUUUGCCUACGUCACAAAUAUUGGCCGAGCACUUGAUAUACUGAAGGACAAGGUUCCCAGGGCGUUUGUAAAUGUUAUACCAGCGUUCGAUGUGAGCGUGUUGCGCAACAUGGACGCAGACAAUGACAAUUGCAAAAAUAUGCGAUCCGAAACAUGUCCCUGUAUUGUGAAUAAAGAUGAUGCAAGCCUUGUAUCUGAAUUGUCACAGCGCUACCAGGAUCAGUUAGCUGCUGAAAUUGAUGGUGGCAAGUACGACACUGAUACUUUUGCUGUGGUACUGCAAAAACAAUUAGAAAAUCUCAAUUUUCUUUCGCUAUCUGACGGAAGACCAGACCCUACACUUCUGUCUCACGACUGCACACUUCUUAGCAGAGAAGGACACCAGAAGACCGCCAUAGCUCUGUGGAAUAGUAUGGGAACCUAUUUUUACACCAACCUGAAUUCAGAGCCAGUAUACCUUGAGGUUGAUCUUGAAGAGGCGGUUAAGUAUUCCACGAAGAUGGAGAAGUCACGUGACAAAUUGCAUGCGCAUCCUUACUAUGCCGUGAUAUUUAUCACUGUGUUCAUAUUCAUGAUCGCAUUAGUGGCGGCUGUUAUUAUACAUCUCACUAUUGUAGACUUCAAGAAAGAGAAACAGAUUAAGAUGUAUGAUUUCAGCUUGUUUGCUGAUGAUGAUGAUGACUAA